CCCAAUUAAAAGAGCGUCUGAGUAGACAGUCAGUCCGAGUGAGGAGAGUCGGGGGGUAAAGCCGUCCUCUUCGCUUCAUCAGCUUGUGCACCACAAUGUCCAAACCGAAGUUUCAGGCGGAGUGGGAAGAAAUUGACGAGGAAUAUCAACAAUUACAGGAAACUCACAAAAUAUACAGACAGAAACUGGAGGAGCUCACCAAUCUUCAGGCAACAUGCAGCAGCGCCAUCAGUAAACAGAGAAAAUGCCUAAAAGACCUAAGGCACAGCUUGACCAAGUGUGCGAAAACAUGUGAUGAGAAUGACCUGAAACUAAUAAUGGACAUCAAAACACAAAUCAAAGAUAAAGAAAAUGUGUUCUUUGAUAUGGAAGCAUAUUUGCCAAAGAAGAAUGGACUGUACCUGAAUUUGGUCCUGGGCAAUGUGAACGUAACGCUUCUCAGCAACCAGGCAAAAUUUGCCUACAAAGACGAGUAUGAGAAGUUCAAGCUUUAUAUGACAAUAAUCCUGAUGUUUGGAGCCAUAACCUGCCUCUUCUUUCUCAACUGUCGUGUCACUGAUGAAAUCUUCAACUUUUUGCUAGUGUGGUACUACUGCACAUUGACCAUAAGGGAAAGCAUCCUCAUGAGCAAUGGCUCCAGGAUCAAGGGUUGGUGGGUGUCUCACCAUUAUGUAUCCACCUUUCUGUCAGGUGUGAUGCUUACCUGGCCAGAGGGGCCCAUGUAUCAGAUGUUCAGAAGCCAGUUUCUUGCUUUCUCCAUCUAUCAGAGUUUUGUCCAGUUCCUCCAGUAUUACUACCAGAGCGGCUGCUUAUACCGGCUGCGAGCUUUGGGAGAGAGAAAUCAGCUGGACCUCACAGUGGAGGGAUUUCAGUCCUGGAUGUGGAGAGGCCUCACUUUUCUUUUGCCAUUCCUCUUUUUUGGCCAUUUUUGGCAGCUCUACAACUCGGUGACCCUGUUUCGCUUGGCAGGACAUGAUGACUGUAAGGAGUGGCAGGUAUUUAUGCUGGCGUUGACAUUUCUCGUCCUGUUCCUGGGAAAUUUUCUCACCACUGUAAAAGUCGUCCACCAAAAAAUUCAGAAAAACCAGGAAAAGGUGAAAAAAAAUGACUGAGACACAAACUUCCAACGAGACACCUCAAGAUUCCUCCAACGGCCAGUGAUGUUUGAAGCAACACGCACAAUCGCUUGUUAGACUGACCACAGUGCGAUCAGGCCGGGAGAAGACAAAGCUGAAACCAGUGUUUCUCUCAGGCUUCGAUCACAGCAGCGGCGUCCAGCCAAAGUGUCUGGCGAACAGGCUUUUGCUUUCUAAUGACUCGUUGUUGAUGUUGAUGUUGCUGCUCAGUCAGUCUCGACACAAAGUGUUGUUCACCUCAUAGAUGAACAGUUUGUCGCUUUAUCUUGUACAUAAAAAGUGAGUGGGAAGAAUGCGUUUUGUUUGGGUGUUUGUGUCAGUGCAUGAAUCUGUCUGAAAGCCUUUGUUCAAAUCAUAUGCAACUCAAGGAGGGCAGGUAGCUUCAGUUCACAGGACAGAAUAUAGUUUGCCUUUGAAGACCUAACGUCUGUCAUGUACAUACUUCAUACUUCUGUGAAGUAGUAUCAGUCAAACUGUCUCUGGCUCGAACAAACUUGGACAUGUUCAAUUUGGCACUGAGCUUCAUAUCUUGAAAUUCCUAAUUUUUUAUGUGUAGUUCCUAACUCCCUAUUGUGCUAAUUCACUGCUAACCAGUAUGUUUUUUUUACUAGACUUUUGUUCUUCAGAAAUGACAAAGUCCUUCAACUAAAAAAAAAAAAAACAUAAACCUGAUACCUGACCGCCCAAAAUUACCUUCAGUUUCAUGGGAAAAAAAAAUGUGUAUAUUUGGAGUCAGCAGUAUAUCUUCCAGUCUGGAGUCAGCAGCUGCUCUGUUUCUGUUGUUUUCUCUUCUUAGAAAGAGUCAGGAUGUUUCACUAAUGGGCUAAAUUUUUACUGGCACAGGAAGAGCUUCAAGCUUAUUAAACAUUUUGUCACAAAGCCCUAAAUUUAGAAAAAAGCUUUCAAAUUCAGUCCAUGCACAGUUUUUAGAUUGUUAUUGCUGUGCUGCUAGUUCCCAUGUUGUUCUGUAAUGUUGCAGAGAUGUAUCAUGAUCAAACGCUGCUAUUGGCACUGGUACUGUAAGACUGGGAUACACAGUGAUGAUUAAUAAUGUGCUGGAUUAUUGUUACUGUCUUUUUCUUUCCAAUCAAAAUACUAAAUUAAAUAUUUGUAAGAAUUAA